AUGCAUAUAUCCACACUACUCAACUUUCAAUUGUUCUUGUCAGCUUUAGACAGAGUAUCUCCUCCUGAUACGUAUCGCCCGGUUGUUCUUUGGCAUGGUCUUGGAGAUAAUUACAAUGGAACAGGAAUCCACAGUGUCAAUGAUUUGAUCAGUGGGUUGUAUCCCGGUAUCUUCUUUCAUUCGAUCUAUAUAGACGAAGACCCAUCUACAGACCAGCAAAAAUCAUUAUUUGGAGAUGCAAACAGGCAGGUAGAUCAGGUAUGUGAUCAGUUGAGGAGCAUUACAGAGUUGGCAACGGCCAAAAGUAUUGAUGCAAUAGGGUUCUCUCAAGGCGGGGUAUUACUAAGAGGUCUAAUUGAGAGAUGUUCUGAUUUAUCAUUUCACAAUCUAAUUACUUUUGGCAGUCCUCAUAUGGGCGUAAUGGAGAUGCCGUUAUGUAAAGAUCCAAAGGAUUGGAUUUGCAAGAGGAGAAAUGAGCUAUUAAAGAAACAAGUAUGGAAUGAUAAGGUGCAAAAGACAAUACUACCGGCUCAGUAUUUCAGGGACCCUUUUGAAUAUGAAAAAUACUUGAAACACUCACUCUACUUGGCCGAUAUAAAUAAUGAACGAGAGGAGAAAAAUGCAACUUAUAUUGAAAACAUGACUAGACUCAACAAGUUAGCAUUGGUUACAUUCACAGAGGAUACAACGGUUGUUCCAAAAGAAAGUGCCAUGUUUUGUGACAUUGACACAACUUGGAGACAAACUAUACCGUUUGAUAAAACCGAUUUAUAUACUAAUGAUUACAUUGGGAUCCGACGUCUCCACGAACUAGGCAAAAUUGAUUUUCAUUCAAUAGAUGCGGGACAUAUGUCGAUCACUGAUGAAUUUAUAGAAGAAAUAGCAUUAAAGUAUUUAGGUGAUAAAUAG